AUAAAUGGCGUGAAAGAAUAUCUGGAGGAAAACCAAGGAAUUUCUGAAGACGAGGAUGUUGAGGCUGAUGACCCAGACAACUCGACCCCAAUAUUACUGCUGGGAAAUCGAAGGCCUGUGACCAAAGAGGAGGUGCUUGUAGACAUUCCACCACGAUCAAUAGCCGAUCGUCUGGUCUCACGCUUCCUCAAGACGUCCGAGCCAGCACGCAGUGAGUCUUUUGCGUCCCUCUACCAGAAUAGGCUAAAUUUGGCAUCACAUACUAAUGGCGCGUCAGUUGCGAUCCAUAUUCCGACCUUUCAUAAGGAAUAUGAGCAGUUUUGGAGCCAUCCGGCCAAGAAAUCCUUCACCUGGAUUUCUCUGCUAUACUCGAUUUUGGCAUUGUCUGUUUCUAUAUACCACCGAAGUGCAGAGCCGUUGCCUUCUGAUAUGGCAAAUCCUAUAACUCUAUGGGCCGUCUUCCGAAAGCGAUCUUCGGAAUGUCUUAUCCAGGCAAAUUACAUCACCCCCGGGCGUUACAAGGGAGAAGCGCUCUUAUUCUACUCUCUGACCGAGUUCUACCGAAGCCAGGAUGCGCAGAUUGGAGUAUCAUACCUGCUUGGGAUCACCAUUCGGUUGACCAUGCGUAUGGGCUACCAUCGCGACCCGAGCCAUUACCCGAUGCUCUCAGCCUUUGGGGGAGAAAUGCGUCGACGUCUUUGGGCAUUACUUACUCAGCUUGAUACUCUGAUUUCUUUCCAGAUUGGUGUUCCUAGAACAAUCCAGACAUGGCAAUUCGACACCGAGCUGCCUUCUAACCUGCUGGAUACUGACUUUGACGAAAGCUCUACUAAACUUCCAACCGAAAGACCAAAAGAUGAGCGAACGGAUUGUUCAUACACUCGGGCCAAGGCUCACAUCAUGAGGGUCUUUGGACAGAUCACAGACCUGGCAUUUUCCCGAGAACACUCAUCCUACGAAGAGAUCUUGGAAAUUGACCGUCGUUUGGAGACUGCGCACGAUCUAGUGCCCUCCUUUUUGCAGAUACGAUCAAUGACGCAUUGUAUUGUAGAUCCUGCAGACUUGAUCAUGCGCCGAUUUGCCUUGGAGCUCUUGUAUCAUAAAGCACGUCUUGUGCUGCACCGUCGCUACAUCGGCGAGACGAACACGAAAUUCUCAUACUCACGAUCGGUCUGCCUGACCGCUGCGCGAGAGUCUCUCCAACACCACACGGAGAUUUUCACAGAGUCCCAACCAGGAGGUCAAUUAUACGCAGAGCGAUACUUCCUAAACUCACUCCAAAACACGGACUUCUUGCUGUCAGCAAUGAUUCUCUGCCUCGGUCUAUCCCAAGAUGAGGAGCGUGGUGAUUCUGAGCGCCUCGACCCCCAGGAGCGUGCAAACUUCGUGCUCCUUUUGGAGGCCACUCAUCGCAUAUUUAUGGAAUCACAGCACCAAUCCGUUGAUACGCAGCGAGCAGUCUCUGCCUUGUCUAUCAUGCUCAAGCGUGUGAAGGACCACGGUUUCCAGGGGUCCCACUUGAAUAUACCUGACCAAAACCUGGAGUCAAGAACAGGUGCUUUGCUUCCUUGCUCAACUCACUUUCUCGUUGCGCUAACUAUUUUAUUAGAUUACAGUCCAUCCCAGUUGACAGGUCAAACAACAAUGGGUAACGAGCAAUUCUCACUUUAUCCGACAAACUACAGCGGGUCAGUCCCCAGUGUUGGUGGAACGCCAUCAUAUACUUCACUCGGCGUCAUCGAAGACAUGCUCGAUGGACCCACUCAACUUGACUGGGGGUAG